AUGAUGGACUCUUCACCAAACAAGAUAAAUGCUCAGCCUGCUUUGCCAACCAUCGCGGGUACAAAGCGUCCUGCACCAACACUUCUCCCAGCCUUCGAACCACUUCCUUCCUCCUCACCUAGUCUCCCAGGUCGUAAUAAUAAGAGGGUGCGUAUUUCACCAUCUAAGUUCGAAUCGGCUUACAAGUAUCCCACACCAAUUCCUACUUCCGCAACUGGUAUCCUUUCAUCCUCUCCUCCAGGGGUACACGCUCGGGCCGGUCUCCAUCGAACUCGAUCCUCUAUUGAAAGAGCUCCCCUUUCAGCUGUGCCAUCAAUCACUCUUCCUGAAGAUGGAGAGUCUCUACUCAUGGGUAGAUCCAGCAACUCCUCUCACUAUCAAUUAUCUGCCAAUCGUCUCAUCUCUCGUGUUCACAUCAAAGCUCGCUACAUUGCUGCAACUGUUCCGCUCGAGUCGAAUAAAAUUGAGAUUAUCUGUUGUGGAUGGAACGGAGUAAAGUUACAUUGUCAAGGUCGAACAUGGGAGUUGGCAAAGGGAGAUAGUUUCACCUCGGAAACGGAAAAUGCUGAAAUCAUGUUAGAUGUUCAGGAUGCAAGAGUUUUGGUUGCUUGGCCACAAGGUGAUCAUUCUGACGUGGCUACUCCAACAGAAGUUCCUUCGUGGAGUGAGGAUAGUUCUCCUAGGGGUAAGGUCACUGCCGUUACUGCUCAAGGUGACAUUAUUCCUUCCAGUCCAAUUCGUCAUGUUGAACGUCACUUGUCGCCAGUAUCACCAACACCCGCUCGCCAAAGCCUUUCCUCUGCCAAUUUGGCCAACCUCUUUUCUGACGACGCGGAAAAGACCUUCAUUCAAGUAUAUGAAGAUAAGCCAGAGCCAGCUCCAGCUACCGAGUCUAAAGACCCUGAACCAGCAAACUCACCAACAGUCGCUGCAACAUCGUUCAAUGCAUCUGUCCCAGCCAGUCAAGAGAGUGAGUUGAGUGAACCAGACGAAGAUCCUGAUGAAGAAAAUGAUCCCAUCGUUCACUCCUUUGGUCCUUAUGGUGCAGAUCUGUCCUCGCGUAUGGCUCAGUUCACAGCUGGUCAUUCCCCAGAAGCUCGUGGCGGCGAAGAAGGCGAGUCUAAGGUAUCUCCCGAGAAACGAUCGAGCUCCACAUCCACUGAAGAGGGUGCUGUUACUCCUGUAAUCAAUCAUGUAGCAAACCAACUUGCGUAUUCUCGUCUUCAAUCCAUACCAUUGUCAACGAUUCUUAGAAACCUUCCAUCCAACCUCAGAGGUGUUAGUCCUUCGAAGCAAGAGAACAAGGGCCUUACCAAGGAAUAUCUUCGAAAUAUGUUGAAUAGAACAUCGUUCAUUGGCGAAAUUCAUCGAGAAGGCAAGGACGCUGCGGGAAAGCCACUUGAGAGCGAAUAUUACUACAUCCCAGAUGAAGAUACCGAUCAGUCAAGAAAGGAGACAGUCCAGGAAGGAUUGAGAAAACCCAGUUUGAGGAACUGUAGAAAACAACACAAGCAAUAUUAUUGGAAGCGUCCACGACUUCCAUAG